AUGUUGAGUGGGAUCUUAGUCUUCAACCAGAAGGGCGAGAACCUCAUCUUCCGCGCGUUCCGUCCAGAUUGCCGCCCUCGACUGGCAGACAUCUUCCGCAUCCAAGUCAUCUCCAACGCCCAGGUCAGAUCACCCAUCCUUACGCUCGGCUCGACCACCUUCAGCCACGUCAAACAUGAAAAUAUCUAUAUCGUUGCAGUCACUAAAAGUAACGCGAAUGCGGCUGUCGUUUUUGAAUUUGUCUACAGAUUGAUAGGCUUGGGGAGGCAAUAUUUUGGCAAGUUUGAUGAGGAUGCUGUCAAGAACAAUUUCGUGCUCGUGUACGAGCUGCUUGAUGAAAUCCUCGACUUUGGCUACCCACAGAACACGGAUGUUGAUGUCCUAAAGAUGUAUAUUACACCUGACAACAUUUCUUCUGCCAUUAGAUCUGUCUCUGCAGCUCCGAGCGACACGUCGAGAAUUACAAUGCAAGCGACAGGUGCACAAUCGUGGAGGAGGGGGGACAUCAAGUACCGCAAGAACGAGGCAUUCGUGGAUGUUAUCGAAGAUGUCAACUUGCUGAUGAGCGCAACCGGGACAGUGCUGAGAGCGGAUGUAACUGGCCAGAUUGUGAUGCGAGCAUAUCUUACUGGCACGCCGGAAUGCAAAUUUGGCCUGAACGAUCAGCUCGUGGUGGGCCAUAUCGCGCAAGGGGACGGUCCCAUCGGCAAUCAAGAUGGUAAGCGUAAAGCUACACGAGCAGCUGCUGGGUCGGUUACCUUGGAAGACUGCCAGUUCCACCAAUGUGUCCAGCUGGGUAAGUUUGAGACCGACAGAACCAUAUCAUUUGUACCUCCGGACGGCGAGUUCGAGUUGAUGAGGUACCGGUCGGUCGAGAACGUCAAUCUACCGUUCAAGGUUCAUGCAAUAGUACGCGAGGUCGGCACGACCAAGGUUGAAUACAGCAUUGCCGUCAAGGCCAACUACGGCAGCAAACUCUUUGCGACCAACGUUGUGAUCAGAAUCCCCACACCGUUGAACACUGCCAACAUUACGGAGAGGACAACGCAAGGAAAAGCUAAAUACGAGCCCGAAAAUAAUUGCAUCGUGUGGAAGAUCGCGAGGUUCGUCGGUGGGAGCGAGUUUGUCCUCAGCGCCGAGGCACAUCUGACCAGCAUGACGAACCAGAAGGCCUGGUCUCGACCUCCCUUGAGCAUGAAUUUCUCCUUGUUGAUGUUCACAAGUUCGGGGCUGCUGGUCCGUUACUUGAAGGUCUUUGAGAAGGGCAACUACAGCAGUGUCAAAUGGGUUCGGUAUAUGACUAAGGCCGGGAGCUACGAGAUUCGAUUCUAA